GCGAGCGGGUAUAUAUGGAAGUCGGUCGGCCGGCCGCGGGUACACACACCAUUCCGACGCACCAAACGCACCACGAUGCUGACCGCGAUCGCUCUGCUGGGCUGGACGGCGCUCGGCCUGCCGCCGGCGCCCGCAGCCGCGCUGGACUUGGACUGGGGACUCGAAGGCGCGUCCCUCGACGCGGCCCACUACUACGGCGACGUCGACGGUUACGAGCCCGCCGGCGGCGGCCUGCAGGACGCACUCCUGGACGUGAGCGAGGUGGACGGCACCUCCCGCCUGCGGCCAGCCGGCGCCAGCGCGGACCUGCCCGUCGUCCUGGUCCCCGGGCUGGAGGACGACCCGCGGCCGGCGAUCGGCGUGGGCGACUCGCUGCUGAACGUGCUGCUGGCCGUCAACGGGCUGGACCCCUCGCUGCUGUCGCUCAACCGGGUGGACGACACGCUGCUGCGGCCUGGCAAGCGCUGCAGCGUGCACACGUGUCGCGGCCAGUGCGGGCGCCACGGCUGCCCCGGCGGCUACUGCGACAGGGCGAGGCGCUGCCGCUGCCUGUGCUGACCAGUGCUGCUGACCGUGCUGCUGACCGACUGCAUCCACGAACUGACCGCGGCUGCCUGCCUGCUGAUCAGGUGGCCGCAUGGCUGCUUGUCGCUGACUGACUGCGUGUGAGGAGGCGGGUGAGCUGCAUGCCGGGGCCGACCAGUGCCGACGGACUGCCUCAAACCCACGGCUGCCUGCGUGCUGACCGCGGCCGACUGCAAGCUGACCAGAUGGCCGCACUGAUCGGCUGCCUGUUGCUGACUGGUGCUGACCUGUUGCCGGUGCUGACCAGCUUGUUGACUGACUGAGAGUUCGAAUCUCAACUAAAAUUUGUUUUACUGUAUACAUAUUUCCCCCCUCCAUCACUUAACUGUAGUGGCGAGGGAUACGUAUUGAUAUUAAGCGACUGAUAAAUUUAAAUAGAUUUUAAGGAGUAAUGUAAGCAAUAAAACAAAAGUAUUAUUAAAAUUACAAUCUCACAAAA